GUCCAUCCGACAUCGAUCGAUACUCCAUCCCAAACAUCGAUCGAUACUGAGUCGCGAGACAUGGUUUCGACUUUGAUAAUUGUACGAGAUAAUAAUGGUGACUUGCAUGACCAGGAGGGUCAUCUGCGAAAUGCAGCAGGUCAGAGGAUAUACGCUCAGAGGGCUGCAAUCCCUGAGUCUGAUGCUCAUGCUACAGGAACUACUCUACAUGUAGAUGAGGUUGCGUUACCCAAGACGUUGGCUGACUACAACCGUCCAAAUCAGUUCUACACCAACAAAUCAGCCAUUCGUCCUCCCACUAUUCAGAGGGAUUCCGAGUUGAAGGCGCAGUACUACACACUCGUAGGACAAAUAUCGUACCAUGGAUUGUCUCACGAGCAUCUUAUGGACCAUUUGGAGAGGUUCAAGGAUCUGAUAUCUGCUAUUAAAGUCAAAGGAGUCCUAGAGGAUUAUCUCCUAUGCAAGCUCUUCAAGUUCUCUCUUGCUAGAGAAGCUUCGCAUUGGCUUAAGCAGCUACCACCAGGAUCUCUCACAUCCUGGAGCGAUAUCAAGAAUGCAUUCUUAUGCAAUUUAUUUGAUGAAGCACAUGCUGAAGACUUGAGGAGCAAGAUCACUACCUUCUCUCAGGGGCUUUCAGAAUCAUUCAGAGGCUCUUGGAUCAUAUUCAAGUCUUAUCAGAGAAACUAUCCACACCAUGGAUUCAAUGAAGUACAACUGCUUUGUACUUUUUACAGAGGCAUCGCGGUGCAGUACCAGAUGGGUCUUGAUGCUUCCAGCAAUGGGAACUUCAAUACCAGGAAUCCAGAAGAGGUAGUGAAGGUGAUUGAAAACCUAGCAUCUAGCAACAGCACCAAAAACAGUGAUUUUGAGAGGAAAAAGUCUGCCACCAUCCUUGGGAAUGAUCAGAUGGAUGAGGUGAAGGUAAAGUUGGAUAGUGUUCACAAGCUUCUUAGGAAGCAGGUCUGCUUGGUUGAAGAUACAGAAGCUGUAAACACAGAGGGUAGAGCAGAGGAAGAAGAAGAAGUGAAUUUCAUUGGUGGAACUCAGAACACGAAACGAGAACAGUAAUAAAAUAAGAAAUCGAAAAAGAGAGCAAGAUAGUUCUUAUUCCAAAUAUGCGUUUGAGCGUUUACAACAAGGUAGGUGUCUAGGCUACGAGAGCUGUCGGCGAGAUUCCUAGUUCUAAAAACCCUAAGACGGCGAAAACCUAAUUGAGUCGCAGCUCGAAUAACAAAAACGGAAAAUUUCCUAAAAUCGCUUUAAGUGCUAAGUUUGCUCUGAAAAAAGCUUUUUCCUGGUGUCUCUCGCCUAGGACUCCUUAUAUACUCGUUCCUAGGUCGGUUUACGCUUUUCCCCUUAUGCCCUUAAGCCGUCAUAGCUUAAAAUGGAAAUAUUCCAUUUUCCCAAUCUUCGUAACUAUCUUUCAAAACUUCGUAUUUAUCCGCGGAAACUUGACAUUUAUCUUUCCUUGCGAACCAAGCAUAAACCGUCCAACGGUUUACGGGCUUUUGGUUAAGAAAUCGUAAGUGGGCUUCGAGUCACGUCUUAGGUCUCUUUGGGCCGUCUUUUGACUCGAAACGUUUAUUACGGCUUCUUUUGAUAAAACGAAAUUUCCGCGGUUUUUAAUGUAAAAUUCGAUUGAUGACUUCAGAUCACGAGAAACAUGAAAUGGGUUUGCUACGGUCUUCGGGCGAUAUCAUUAAAGAGUAGACAAGAAUGCAUGGAUUCGUGUCGUAUCGACCGUUUGGGAAAGCUCGAUUGCUUUGUAACGAUCGAAACGUGCAUGUGCUCGGUCGCUAUGUAGCGACCGAGCUUGGCUUGAGCUCGGUCGCUACGUAGCGACCGAGCAGGAUGCGUGCUCGGUCGCUACGUAGCGACUGAGCUUGGCUCGAGCUCGGUCGCUACAUAGCGACUGAGCAGUGUGCAUGCUUGGUCGCUGUGUAGCGAUCGUGCUUGGCUUGUCUGUGGUCCGAUCGCCAUACUCGAGCUCGUCCAUGGCUGGCUUAGAUACGUGUAUGUUGCCUUGGGACAGCCGGAAUUCGAUUCAAUCGUGAUUUGAACAAUAUUUUAUCGCGCGAUUCCUUGUAGAGAUUCUUUUUAUGAUGAGUAUCUUCGUAAAAACGUUCUUGCUGAUUUUUACGGACUUUCAGACAUUGAUUCUGUCGUGACCGAUUUUGACCCCAACAUCCAGCUAUCUACAUACGGUUUAAUAAGCAUAAUUAUCUUACAAAACUCAAAACAGUUGAAGUAAACAAAGCUUAAAAUGUCUGAUGUGACAUGAGAAAAUUUCAAGAGCAUAUUCAAGUCCACUUUAUUUUUAACUCUGAAAUAAUGUUUUUCAAGUAAAAAUGGUUUAAUGGUAUUCUAUUUUUUAUAAUAGAAUAAAAUAUUGGUUUACUUUAUAAAUAGAUAAAUCCAUUUAUAUUUUGUUCAUCACUAUAUUUUUCGAUCAAAAAUAGAGUAAUAUUUGAGUAGAAUCCAAUUUUAGAACAAUUUCAAUGAGAGUUUUUUACUAUGGAAUUCUCAGCUUACAUACUAGUGCAUAUAUAUAAUAAUAAUUACUAUAUUACAUGUAUUGUAAAAUAUUUGGAAACCCAGCCAAUAAUAUGUCAAAUGAAAUAUUAUCGGUUACGUUUGAAACAUAUUAUUCUCAAUUGGUGAAGAUGGUUUCAGAACUAGAAUAAUGGCCAGUGUUUGGGUUUUAUCUUGAAGACAUUAAUUUUUUGAAAGAAUGCUUCCUCAGCUUGGAGAUCAUUUAUGUAUCUCAGACGAAGAAUUUAAAGACAUAUAGUCGCACACAGUACCAGAAAACAAUCAUUUAACAUCAUUCACAUAAAUACAGAGCUUCCUUCUUGGUUUACAGAGUCACUUGAAUUUGUAUAUUGAUGACAAAAAAAAAAUAUUAUCGUUUGAGUUUCCAAGAAUUCUAAAAUAUUCCCUUAUAAUUUAUAACUAGAUUUUGACCCGCGCGCCCGCGCGGGUGUAUAUUUUGUAAAAUUAUAUAUUUUUGGUAGUUAUAGAAUUGUAGGUUAAUGUUUCAUAGGUUAUUGAGUUAUGAUAUAUUGUGUAUCUUGGUCAUUUUGCUAAGUGUCGAAUUUUUAAAUUUUAGUUGCAUUCUUUUUCAUUUGUACUUUUUUAACUUUUACUUUGUCAAUAAAAAAAUCAACUUGAUUAAUUUUGAUCUUAGAGUAAAUUAAACAAUUUAGAUCUUUAGUCCAAACUAAAAUAUUACAUUAAACAAUUAAAUCUAAAAUAUUAGAGUAUUUUGUUUAGAUUUUGGGUGUUUUAUUAAAUUAUACUAUAAAAUUUGUGUGAUAAAUUAUUUUAAAAAUUACAUUUGAUUUAAUUUUUUUUAAACAAAAAUUUACAGCAAAAAUUACAAAUUAUGGAAAAUCAUACCCAAAAAACAUUCACAAAAAGUAUUCGGGUGCACAAUUAUAUAUACAAAGCCCAUUUAGAUUCAUUGAAAUAGGCAAUUUAUUUUUGACUUCAAAUUAGUGGGCUUAAAAUAUUAAUCGAAGCCCAAUUUUUUUUUUCCGGGAAAAGAAACAGAAACAGUUUUCUUUGCACGACUUCUUGGUUUCCGUUUUAACACAGAUCUCUCUGUCGGUGCCGUCCGCUUUCUGGCGAUAAGUUCCAUCUCAGGGGGUUGAAUUUCUCUCUCAAAAGAGGAAAGAUGGUUAGAUCCAUUGAGAACUACAACCGAUUUUGCAAACAGGUAUGAUUUUGGAGGUUUAGGUUGAAAUUAUUUAUCUUGAUUUGUUGUUCUAGAUUCUGUGUUAUGAUGGUUUUUAAAAUCAACUGAAGGGGUCAUACGAAGAGCUUUCUGUCGGAUAGAUAUAGCACGGUCCCGGUUUAAUCAUGAAGACCUGUCAAGACUCAGUAUAAGCUCUGCUUUGUCCACGGAAUGCUUCGUUACAGUACUUGAUCACUUCGUCAACAACUCAUAUAUCUUUGUUCCAAUGAACAGAUGUUUAUUAACUUUGGUCACUCUAUUUGUUAAGUCAAUCGAUCUACUUUAUCAAAGGUUAGAUUCAUAAUCGAUUAUUUUGAUUAAGAUUCAAUGAAUAGUUUUCUUCCCUAAAAUUUUUGAUUGUUUCUCUUAUGGAAUGAUAGAUCUCUAGUCUCAAUGAGUAUGCCGGCAAUUAACCUUCGUCUUUAGAGACAUAAGGUCGUAAAGUCAAAAUCAACAGUUUUUAAAAUUUCUGUAUCUAUUUUUAUACAAUUGUGUCAAUUCUGAUAUUAUCCUUUUUAAUUGUGACGCAUGUUUGAGUUGGACGUUGUGUGAAGCAAUUUCUAGUAAUCCAGAUGCAAAGUAAGCCAGCAACCUUGGCGAACAAAAGACUACGAAUACGGUUAGUAUUUCUUAGCUAUCACAACAAAUUCAUAAGUACCAAGCAAUGUAGGACCAUCUUGAAUAUUUUGUGAUUAUGAAAGAACGCUGGCUUAAGUAUAAAUGUUUGGUUUUUACUUGUCUGAGUGAUUCAUAGCUGGUUAUUUUUUCCUUCACGAUCUUAUAUAACAUAACAUCUGUCAAUCGUUUGAUAGCUGAUAUUAUGUCAUUUUAAAUGUGACGCAUGUUUGAUUUGGACGUUGUGAGAACCAAGUUUCAGUAAUCCAAAUAUAAUGGAAGACAAAAACCCGAGGAACACACACCUGAGAAUACGAAAAUGGACAUGGAAGUUUCCUGGAGAGAACCAAGUACCAGUUAUGAAGAUGCAAAAGCAGACUACAAUGAUUACAGGACAACAGAGUUAUAAUGAGUGACUAAUCCCUGAAAGUCUCCUCUCUUGCGAUUCAUCUCUUGAGUAUGAGGAUGAAGGAAUGUUCCUUCCACGGCAUUUAUUCAGAAAGAUUUUCUGGGAAGAAUGGAUUAGCUUACUAUGAGAUUUGCAUAUAUUCAGGUAAUCUCCUAUUUUUCUGGUCAUAAUUUAUGAUUGACAAUAUAUAAAUUGCUUAGAUGUAGGAUAAUAGUUAAAAUAAGGAAGUUUAAUCCAUGAAUUAUUUUAUUUAAACAUCUGUAACAUUCAUUUUUAUUCACCAUCGGAUCUAUAUAUAUUAGUAAGAUUGAUAUGGCCUUUUUUAGUAAAAUUACUUCGCAAGACAUUUAUUCGUUCUAAAAACGUUUAUGGUGUACUGGAAUCACAGAUCCGAUGACAAACAAUGAUGGAGCAGGUUCGAACAUUCAUACUCUUAUAGACAGGUAAACUCUUCUUACCAAACUUAUUAUCCUUUAGAAAUACGAUUGUUAGUAUAGUUUUACAUUAGAACUAUAUGAGUUGAUUGGUUAGUUAGGCUCUUGUUUUGAUUAGUAAUAAGGAAUUUCAAUAUACUGUCUUAAAAAUUAAUUUGAAGAAUGCAUAAAAAUGACAUAAAAACCCAUCUUAUUAUUAAAUAAAGUUUUCAAAAUAACACAAUAAAAUAUUAAAAAAACAAAGCCUCAAAUUCAAAAAACGGAAUAAAUGAAAGCAUAACAAAAAAAACCAAAAUAA